AUGAAUAACAUUACUGUCCACAAUCCUCAUAAUCAACAAUUCAAUCCUGCCCUCUAUAUGAAUUCUAGACUCAGAUAUCAAAAGCACAAACUUUCUAAAUCUAAUACCAAGAAUUCUUCCCAAAUAAUAAAUGACUAGAUAUCUCCAUGGUCUUAGAUAAACUACAAAAUGGAUUCAAUUAUUAUGCCGAAUAUUAAAACCAUCGAUACUACUAACUCUAUAUCCAAGAUAUCUGAGAGAGAUGCUUAGAGCAUUCAUACCACAAUGUCCAUAAAGAGAUCGAAUUAAAAUUCAAGAGUUAAAAGGCAAAUAAAAAUGAGUAGAUAUAGUGAAAUCGUCGAAUCAGACUAGAAGUUAGUCAAUAUUGACUUAAGUGCAUAAAAAAUCAAACCCUAGCUAUUAGGAAUAGACAAAUUGCCUCCUUAAUUAACAGAAAGUGGAAUGUUGAGUCAUCAUGAUACAGGGCACUUACUAAUGCCUCAAUAUGAAUAGUUAUAGGCAAAUAACUAUAUCUCAAUGUAAUUUAACUCCAAUGUUCAAAAACAAAGCAACAACAGAUUUAGACGAAACUAUUUUUCUAGAAAUAAAUACAACAAUAAUACUAAUACAUCAGAGUAAUUUAAUUUGAAUAGAUCUGUAGAAAUACCCUCUGCUUAAAAUAAAUUGAAAACUUAUCAGCUUAAUUACUUCAAUAAGAUACAAGUCAUUAAGACUAAAAUUUAAAAUCUAAAAAAUCAGAGAGCUAUUGCGUUGACUCACGAUUUUAGAGACUAAUCCCAGAAGAAACUCAUUAAAUCCCAAGAUAAUCAAUCUUUACAAAAAAGAAUAGUAUAUCAUAAGCCAAAAAGUAUGUAUCUUCAAAAUCUUAUUAAAAAAAGGAAUAUUUAAAGCUAAGAGUCUCAUAGAUCUGAAAUGUCUCCAUCAAAAUCUUCAAAGAGCAAUGUGAUUUCAAGAAUAAUGGAUGAAACUCAUCAAAGCAAGGCAUCUAUAGAAAUGGAUACAGAAGAAACCACUCAUAAUGAAAAAAUAUAGAAUAUUCAAUUUUUGUAGGAUCUAUAUUCAGAUCUCUCUGACAAGAAAAAUAAGACUUCCUUAGUAGAAAGAUCUCUAAACUAAUAUAGAACCAUCUUUAAAAAGUAAGAUAUCAAGCAGUUUGAAUAGCCUAAGCAUUCUAUAAUGAGUAUUGGCAAAUAAAAUCUCAAAGAAAUUAUUUAAGAUGAACAUUAAUUUGAAAGAAAAAGCAGUUAUCUUGAGUUAGUAAAGAAUAAGAUUAUGGGGAGAAAUGACAAAAAUAAAAUAAUGAACAAGAAUAAGUCGAAUUUAAAUUCAAGGAAUUAAACUAGAAACUAUCAAUAUGAUUCAUAAAUCAUUCCUAGAAAUACAUCUCCUAUGAGUAUGUUUGCUGCAAAUAAUGACUCCUUAGUUAUGAGAGAUAACUUUAUGAAUGAGCCUUAAAAUUAAAGUAUAAAACUAAUCCAUAAGAAGGGUCUGUCUUUUCAAGAUAAAAUCACGAAAACAGAUAUCAAGCAAACUUAUUCAGAGGUCUCUCAAAGCUUUAGGAAAAACUUGUAUAACUAAUAUAAUUAAUUCGAUAAAGACAUGAAUUAGAGGAAUAUUUAGGAUGUCUCUUCUUAAUUAUAGACUCUUAAAUUCAAUGAUGUCUAGAACAAUAGUGAGUAUAGAAGUUUAGCUGUUAGGAGAUAGAGAUUGAUUUUAGCUCAAAAAUUGAAAUCAAAGCAAAGAAACAUACAAAAUGUAGAUAUUAGUGGGUUUUUCCCAGAGUUCAUCAGAAAUAACAUCAAGGAGUUAUCUCCAGUUCUAAAGAAAGCCUCUAUGAACUCUUAUAAUAUGGAAAUUGAACGAUUUGAAGAAAGCAUGCAGCCAUUGAGGUUGUCUUAAUAGCCAAAAGAAAAAGACUUUAUUAGAUAGUAUAAAAAUCUAGAUUUAAGGAGUAGAAUUGAAUCAAGAGACUUUAACUUCAAGCAAAAAGAGGUUAAUAGAUCUUUGAAUUUCGCUAAUGAAUUCAGAUCUAUACUAUGA